AUGUCAACAGCGAAUCAUUUCCAAACUCAUGUAUUAAUCCAUGAUAAAACUUCACUAACGAAUGAUGAAAUUCAUCUCAAUUCACUAUUAGAACAAUGUUUAGCAUAUCAACUUGAUACAACAAAAGCUACAAUUGAAGGGAAAUUCAAAUUAAAUAAAAGUUUAGAUAAUGAUGAAUCAGAAAUUUCAAUUGAUGAAAACAAUUAUCAAAAUAAAAUAAAUGAUAAAAGCGAUUUUAUUUGCCGAAUUUUAGUACAUAAAGAUGCAAUUGACAAAAUUGAAAAUUUAUCUCUUGUUCAACAAUAUGUUGAAAUGAAAAAUGCAAUCAAUGAAACAACACCUGAGCAAGUUUUAACUACAAAUGGUUUUCAUCAGUUAUCUGUUAUUGAGCAAAUACUUUCCACUGUAUAUUCAUCAUCAUCAUUAAAUCAAUGUGAAUUACGGAUUCUUAUUCACCAACCUUAUGCGCCAUUGAUACUUGGAAAAUUGGGUGACCGAGCAAAACUCUUACGUGAAAAAUAUUCGUUACACAUGUUAACUAUUCAUCCAACAUGUGCACCACAUUCAACUGAGCGCGUUCUUCUUAUGCAAGGUUUAUCACUUGAAAAAAUACUUUCUUGUCUUGAAGAAAUAUUUAUUCAUAUUAAUCAAACUACAUAUCAUAGUGAUGAAAUUUUACACUAUGAUGAAACAAAUUACGAUGUCUCACUUACUCAUGAAUAUGGUGGCUUUCAUUCUUCUGAAGCCAUCACACGUCACAAUGUACAACAUAAUCAAUCUCAUGCACAACAUGGGAAAUUUAAAGAAAAAGAAAAUGAAGGCAUUAGUCGUCAUUCAGCAUUUAAUGCUUGGAAUGGUUCAGUUGCAACUGAUACAGAUCAUGAAUUUUCAAUAGUUAAAAUUGGUGAAGAUUCUAUAAUACGAGAAUUUUGGAUCAAUCAUGGUCAAUUCCGUGCUCUACUUGGUCCUCAUGGUGUGCGUAUUGCACAAAUUCGGUCAUGA